GCUAUUCAAUGGACGGAGUUAUUACGUAAAUAUUUAUAAGGGACAAAUACUACUUGCAUGUUAUGCGCGCAAUGUUGAUAUGUAGAAGAUAAAUCUACUCGUUUCCUAGAGGUGACGCAGCAUACAACUGGGCGGAGCGAGGCGUUGAAUCAGGAACAAUCCAUACCCUCCUCUCCAGCUAGCUACAACAGUCAACAUUGGGAACCUGAAAGCACGGACUGCUUAUUAUAAAGCAAUGUUAACAUGGGUUCCAGAUGGAAAAACAAUGCUAAUUGUUGUGCAUCAUGGACGUUGUCCCUCUGUGUCUUAGUAAGCCUGUCGAUUUGCUUGUCCAGAGCUGAAGAUAGUGGGAUGGAGAACAUCGUAACAGAGAAGAGGGCUGAGGAAAGCCACAGACAAGACAGUGCCGACCUGCUAAUUUUCAUCAUGCUUCUAACCCUCACAAUCUUAACCAUUUGGCUUUUUAAACACCGUCGGUUUAGAUUUAUACAUGAAACGGGAUUGGCUAUGAUAUAUGGACUCCUGGUUGGUGUGGUACUACGAUAUGGCAUUCGCGUGCCUCGAGACAUCAACAACGUCACACUGAGCUGCCAUGUGAAUGCCAGUCCUCCCACACUGCUGGUCAACGUUAGUGGCAAGUUCUACGAGUACACCCUGAAGGGCGAGAUCAGUGCCAACGAGGUACAUGAUGUGCAGGACAAUGAGAUGCUUCGCAAGGUGACCUUUGACCCUGAGGUGUUCUUCAACAUUCUCCUGCCUCCUAUAAUAUUUCAUGCUGGCUACAGCUUAAAGAGGAGACACUUCUUCAGGAACAUGGGCUCCAUCUUGGCCUAUGCAUUUCUGGGAACAGUGAUCUCAUGUUUCAUCAUUGGGCUGCUGAUGUACGGCUGUGUGACGCUGAUGAAGCAGAUCGGGCAGCUCGGAGGGGACUUCUUCUUCACGGACUGCCUUCUCUUCGGAGCCAUUGUCUCAGCUACAGACCCAGUGACAGUCCUGGCCAUCUUCAAUGAUCUCCAGGUGGAUGUGGACCUUUACGCACUGCUGUUUGGCGAGAGCGUUCUGAACGACGCCGUAGCCGUGGUGCUUUCCUCGUCCAUAGUGGCCUACCAGCCUCAGGGGGACAACACGCACACGUUCGAGGCCAUGGCCAUGGUCAAGUCCUUCGGCGUGUUCCUGGGAAUCUUCAGCGGCUCCUUCGCCCUAGGGGUGGCGACCGGAGUCAUGACGGCGCUGGUCACCAAGUUCACCAAGCUGCGGGAUUUCCAGCUGCUGGAGACGGCCCUCUUCUUCCUCAUGUCCUGGAGCACCUUCCUGCUGGCGGAGGCCUGUGGCUUCACAGGUGUUGUAGCUGUUCUGUUCUGUGGAAUCACUCAGGCUCAUUACACCUUUAACAACCUCUCACCUGAGUCUCAGGACAGGACCAAACAGUUGUUUGAGCUCCUUAACUUCCUGGCUGAGAACUUCAUCUUCUCAUACAUGGGGCUCGCCUUGUUCACCUUCCAGAACCACAUCUUCAACCCCAUUUUCAUCAUCGGAGCUUUCCUGGCUAUUUUCCUGGGCAGAGCAGCCAACAUCUACCCCCUCUCCUUCCUGCUCAACUUGGGCCGUAGAAACAAGAUCAGCCCCAACUUCCAGCACAUGAUGAUGUUUGCUGGGCUGCGCGGAGCCAUGACCUUUGCCCUGUCCAUCCGUGACACGGCCACCUACGCGCGGCAGAUGAUGUUCACCACCACGCUGCUGGUGGUCUUCUUCACCGUGUGGGUGUGCGGAGGUGGCACCACGCAGAUGCUCUCCUGCCAGCACAUACGUGUGGGAGUGGAUUCGGACCAAGACAGCUCCAUCGGUCCAGAUGGGAUCGAGAGACGGAGCACUAAGCAUGAGAGUGCCUGGCUCUUCAGGAUCUGGUACAACUUUGACCACAACUACCUGAAGCCCAUUCUGACCCACAGCGGCCCUCCCCUCACUGCCGUCAUGCCCGCCUGCUGUGGCCCCCUGGCUCGCUGCCUCACCAGCCCACAGGCCUAUGAGAAUGAGUGUCAGCUGAAGGACGACGACUCUGACCUCAUCCUGAACGACGGUGACAUCAGCCUGACGUACGGUGACAUCACGGUGAGCACGGACGCCAGCGGGGCCCACACCAGCUCCUGGCCCGUCGCCACGGCGACCACCGCGGACGAGCUGGACCGGGAGCUGGCCAGCGGCGACCACGAGCUGGUGAUCCGCGGGACCAGACUGGUGCUGCCCAUGGACGACUCCGAGCCCCCUCUGCCCGGGGACGGCCAGCGCUGGCGCUCUGGGGCCUUGAGCUGAGCAGAGGGAUGUGGAACACAUUCUGGGGCAAUCUCAUCCCUCACUCUCUGUCUUAUUCUCUCUCUCUCUCUCUAUCCCUCACCCAUUUCUCUUUCAUCUCCCCCAUGCACCCCUUCCCCCCAUGUCAGGAGUGAUGUCUCACCUCUCUCCUUCUUUGUUGAGUUUGAUCAAGUGGCGGGUCUGAUGUCACUACCUCAUUCUUGUCUCCCUCUCCUCCUGCUAUCACCGUCGUGUCAGUUAUUAUUUAUUUUCCUCUUUUCCUUUCCCCCUCAGAAGACAAAGCAGAUAGUUGCUGCUUCUCUCUCCCCCUCUCUCUCUCCCUCCCUCUGUCUCUUUCUCUUUCUCUCUCUACUCGGGUGUUACAGCCAGACCACGUAGCAUCACCCAAUGUUUUGUCAGAAUGGUGCGCCGGUCCCGAAGCAUGUGUUUGAUCUCUCCAAGCAAAAAUCACCACCAGAAAAAAGCUUAGCUGAUCUUCUCCUGUCUGUAUAGCAAGGUGUAAAAAAAAAAAAAAAACUGUCGACAUGAUAUGCAUGCCUUUGGUGUGUGUCUGUAUGUGUGUGUGUGCGUGCGCGUCUACCAUUGUUUUAUUCUUAAUCGAGCAAGAGCGAGCGAACGAGAGGGAUCCCAUUUGGCAUAUGCUCACGUGUCUGAUGGGUCUUAUGCUUUCUACUGCCUUCUCUGUGCGACAGUUGAAUCAGAGGCAUGACUCUGUGGCUCUGAGUUUGCUGUGCGGUCACAAUCAAGUGCCUGACGAAUGUAGGUUUUUUUUCCCCUCCCUGAAAAAAAAUACACUCUUCCCACCACUAGGGGGAGGCCUUGUAUUUCGGUACUGACUUUCUCCUGUUGGAGUGGUGGAGUGGGAUGUAGGGUUAGCCUGGCACAAGGCUUGGAUCUUACAUAUUGACCUUUGACUGUGACUGUGUGAGGGUUUUUACACCUUGUUAUAUAACCUGAUGUUGCUCACAGCACGUAGAAGGGCUGUUCUAUAUCGGGGAUGCCGAAUUGGAGGUAGAAGUGGCAAAUAUUGAGGGCCAUUUUAUUGUCUUUCAGUUGACUAACUUCUAACUUUUGACAGCCUCAAAAUAUUUUUCUAUUCAUUUUUGCCAUGCAGCAGAAAACUACUGAAAAGGUGGAUAUUAAUGAAAUUACGAAUGUCUGACAUUGCUCUCUCUCUGUGUUUGAUAUUAAGCACCAAAACACUGUACAGAACAAGCAACAUGUAACUAAAUCCACUGAUGGAAAUCCGCUUUUUGUAAAGUCGAGUCUGUGCAUUCCUGUGGUUUCUUAGUGAUCCAGCUUUGAUCUUUUUUAACGAACAAGCAAAAAGUGGUAAUCGAACAAUGUUAACGAAUUUGCAUAACGUCUGAAAAUAGUUGAGCACCCUGAUUUUAAUAUUCUAGAGCACUUCAGAGUUCAAUUCACUGAGAUUACAUAUUCUUUUUUCUUUCUUCAUUGUUUUGCAUGAAGCAUACUUGUCUUCUAUACCAACAUGUCUGUGAUGUGGAACAAUCAAACUGAUGUUGAAUUGAGAAGUUGUAGUCGGGGUUAGUGCCAGUGCGGGUCCUGUGGUUGGCACAUGGGAACAUGAAAAGGGACUUAAGAGUUAAGUUAAGACUUAAGAGUAGCCUCUGUGUCAGGAUGAUGAAUGUCAAGUUAUGGAGAUCAUCUUAGAAGGCAAUUUUAUAGUUGACAUACUUUUGAGCAUUCCUGAGAACAUUUUUAGCUGAACGGAAAGACUGAUGGUCAAAUUCAAGAGAUGACCUGGCCAGAACGAUGUCAGUUGUAUGGUCUUUCUAUGGAGCAGACAGGGACGCCCUGUUUACCAGGAGCUUAUCUGACUUGAUGGGUGAUUUUGGGAAAUGGCUUCCCGUAGUAUAACACGAAGCUCAGGCUCUGUGUAAGUGUACAGAAAGAGAACGAGCCACUAUUAUCAAGACCUGAGA